ACAAGAUGGCUUGCUUAUUUCUUCAGAAUUUGGCAUUCUUUUCCCUGCAGAUUGCAGGUAUUGGCAAUUAACAUACUGAAAUUUGUCCAAAAACAUAGUAGCACAAAAGCAACAGAAAGCAACAGCUUGUUGUGUACUUCAGAGUAAGAACAGUCAAAACAACCAACCAUCAUAUAGGCAUACAGCCACAGGACAGUAGUAGGGUACCAAUCAUUUGGAGACAGGAGUAACUUAAGAGAGAGAAGAGGAAGAAGAGAGAGAGAGAGAGAGAGUUUGGAUAGGAGAAGAGAGGAUUCAGAGGAGCUGUGGGAGGACUGACAGGGUCUUGGUUCUGAAUCUCCUGCACUCAUCAUCUUCUUGGUUAUAAGGUUUGGAGCAAGCAUUCCAUCUCAGUUCUCAUGUACUGAACGGUGUAAAUGAUCAUGAGCACACAGAGUGUCAUUGCUGUAAAGCAAUUCAGCGGCCCUGACAAAAUGGCACACACAUGCACUGUUCCACAGCUAUCUGUUCAUAAUCUGUCCAAUGUUAACUCUGAUCUCUGUGGUUCAACAAACAGCACCUCAUUACCAUGUGCUAUCCAAUCCUCAAAUAUUAAGACUGAGUUGAUCAGUUCAUCUUGUCUGCCAAAGAUUCUCCCAUUUAAUCCUCAGUCAUCUAGUCCUGACUCGUAUCCUGAAAGUUCUCUUUCUCACAUGUCGCAAGCCGACUUUUCGGACCCAGAUUUUUCUAGUUCUUCUACAUUUUGUACAAGACUCUACACCUCAUCAUCAAAGAACUCUAAUUCAUGCCGAAAAACCGGUGCCUUGCCUUUUCUGCCCCAUCCUCCUAAAUGUGAGCAGCAGCAGAAUUCAGCUGGGCAAUCAUCCAGCUCUUUGUUGCUUCUUGGUUCUGAUCUCAGCAAUAGUGGUCAUGGUGAUGAUGAACAUACAGAUGAUCUGAAGGACUUCCUUAACCUCUCUUCAGAUCUUAGCUUCCAUGGGGAAAGCAGUGCCAUGGCUUACAAUGAGCAGAUGGAGUUUCAGUUCUUGUCUGAACAACUCGGAAUCGCGAUCACAAACAAUGAAGAAAGUCCUCGGCUAGAUGACAUCUACGACAGACCAUCGCAAGUUCUGUCUCUUCCAGCAUCAUCUUGCUCUGAUCAGGAGGACAUGCAGGAUACAGGAUCUCCUGCUAAACUUCAGUUGAGUUCAUCUCGGUCUCCAUCUGGAACAGGAUCAUGUAACAAACCAAGGCUGCGGUGGACACAGGAGCUCCACGAGCGUUUCGUAGAGGCGGUGAACAAGCUUGAAGGGCCAGAAAAGGCAACUCCCAAGGGUGUUCUGAAGCUUAUGAAGGUAGAGGGCUUGACCAUCUAUCAUAUAAAGAGCCACUUACAGAAGUAUCGGCUCGCAAAGUAUCUUCCAGAGACAAAAGAAGACAAGAAGCAAGAGGAAAAGAAAACAAAAUCAGCUAAUGGAAAUGAUCAUGUAAAAAAGAAGAAUGCCCAAAUGGCAGAAGCUCUUCGGAUGCAAAUGGAGGUUCAGAAACAACUCCAUGAACAACUAGAGGUACAAAGGCAAUUACAGUUGCGCAUAGAGGAACAUGCAAGAUAUUUGCAGAAGAUAUUAGAAGACCAACAGAAAGCAAGAGAAUCCCUAUCCUCAAGAACUAUUACAACAGAAGGAGAAUCUCCUGAAUUUGCACUGAUGGAGAAAAACAAGAACAAAGCAGAAACCUCUUCAGAAUUUUUAUCUAAGUACAAAAUUCCAGAUACUGAUCCAGAAUGUCAUUCACAAAUUAAUAACAAAAAGACAAAGCCUCAGGCUGAUCUUGAAAUGGUACUUGAUGAAUAAUCAUGGCCUUGUAAAAUCUAGUGCUUGAAAUUGUAUGUUUGCUUUCUUCUGAUGUACCUCCAUGAGUUAGUGUAGAAAUUGAUCUUAGCGACUUUAUGGUAUACAUUUUUUAUGACUGGUUACAUAUAUAUGACUAACUUUCAGAUAAAAAUGGAACCAAUGAAGACAUGGUUGCCAUUAGUUUCCUGUAUACUUUCUUUCACUCUGUAAAUCCGAUUACCAUAAUAACAGUACUUCAUGCCAAAUUUAAGAAUGU